UAUUAUUUGUAUUUUGAAUAAACAUAGCAAAGUUGCGUGAGCAUAAUAUCAGUAUGCAUUAUUGUUGUGUUUCGUAGUGUCCCGAGCCGGUCCGCGCCCCGCGAAUUUCAAAAUGUUAACGCCCUGCGGCCACCCAGCGGGCGCAGACGUGUACCGCCUAUCCGUUCGGUCCACGGUCCACUGACUUUCUAUUACAAUUUACAGUCAUAAUAAUCAUAAACUAUCACGAUAUUCACGUACACAAGGAUUACUGCAUUCGCGUUCACCUUACGAAUAAUUACGACAGUAGUCUCUCUCACCAUAUAGUUGCUGUUCACCAGUCACUUGCGACACGGGCUCGUUAAUAGACAGUAGUAGACGCGUUCCUACGCUCAAUAGUCGCACGUCGGUCACCGUCACACUCGCCGUCGCGUGUUGUUUUUGUUUAGUUCAUACCAAUCGUCCAGGACUCUUGGGUCACUUGCGUUUUCGGUGUUUGAUAAAAUAUUUUCGUCUACGGCAGGACUGAACCGCAAAUCGCGAUGGCUGCCGGCAAAGUAUUGGUGUACGGAGGAAAAGGAGCGUUGGGAUCGACGUGCAUAUCGUUCCUUUCGUCCCAAAAAUAUUGGGUUGGAUCAAUAGAUCUAACAAAAAAUGACAAUGCAAAUGCUAAUGUGAUUGUGGAACGUGAUGCUACAAUACUAGAACAAGAAUCACAAAUUUUGAAGGAGCUGGAUUCCGUUUUAGGAUCUGAAAAAUUAGAUGCUGUAAUAUGUGUUGCCGGUGGUUGGGCCGGAGGUAGCUCAAGCUCUGACGAUUUUGUAAAAAAUACUGAUUUGAUGUUAAAACAAAGUGUUUGGAGCUCAGUAUUAGCAUCAUCUAUUGCAUCUAAGUUCUUAAAACCUGGAGGUAUUUUAGUAUUGACUGGUGCUAAAGCUGCUCUAGGUCCCACACCAGGAAUGAUUGGUUAUGGUUUAGCUAAAGCAGCAAUACAUCAUUUGACAAAAUCGUUGGCCGAUGAAAAUGGUGGUUUACCAACAGGAGCUCAGGCUCUUUCAAUAUUGCCUGUCACACUUGACACACCCAUGAAUCGUAAAUGGAUGCCUAAAGCUGAUACUUCAACUUGGACUCCAUUAGAAUUUGUUGCUGAAUUAUUUUCUAAAUGGAUUAAAAAUGAAGAAAGACCUCCAAAUGGUUCACUUGUUCAGUUAAAUACAAAGGAGAAUAAAACAACUUUAGAAUUUGAAUAAUUCUUUAAAUAUAGAAAAAAAACAUUUAAAACCUUCAAAUUUCUGUCUGUUAAAUUGUACUUCUUUUUAUUUAUAUAUAAUAACUACGUACUUAAAAAUAAAUAUAUUAUGUCCUACUCUAUGGAUAAGGGUAAAGUUUAUAAAGUGUUA